CGUGGCCCUGAGCGAGGGAAGGAGUGCGGUGUUUUCUGAAGCCACAGGCAAAAAAAAAAAAAAAAAUAUUAGGCAAUUGACAAUUUCCUGAAGGGAGGUUGGGCUAAUCACUCUCAAAUUUCUCUCCAAAGUGUUCCAUCUGGAGUGGACCUAGGUUGGCUGAAUUGGCGCAAGCACGCAGAUUACAUUGUUACACGCGCACACAAUGGACUAACUAUCUGAGGGGGAAACUGGAACGAAAGCUCAAAAUCUAUGCUGUGCAUUUUACCACUCCAGAAGUGAGUGACGUCCUCUUGGAAAACUAUUUAUACCAAAUAUUUCAGGUAUGAUUCAGAGGAAGGAUGUGGUUCUGUCAGUUCUAGGACAGCUUCAGGAUGCUACAGAGAGCUCCGGCCUGCACGCCCUCACCAGGGUAGCUCUGGAGGUCCACCAGGUACUGACCCCCUUCACCCUGCCCUCCUCCCCUUGCCAGGAGUUCCCCGGCUGGGCGGGCAUCGACGGCAUGGCCCAGAGCCUGUACCCUGCUGACGCCCCCAGGGGCCUCCUACCUCUGGUCUGUAAGGGAGAGGGGAACCUGUUGUUUGAUGCAGCCAGCAUGCUGCUAGUGGGGACGACUAGUCUCAGUCUGGAGCUACAGGUGCGUACAGUGGUCGACAUGCUGCUGUGGAAGAGGUACUACUUGUGUGGUAUGAUCGACUCUAAGGUGAUGCUGCAGGCAGCCAGGUUCAGCUUGUGUGCCGAGGAGUCCCAGGACAUGCUCAACCUGCCCCUGUCCGUCCUCGAGGCUAUAUUUGACGCUGAUGUCAAAGCCUCCUGCUUCUCUGGCUCCUACGCCAACAUGUGGCACCUCUAUUCCCUCUCCUCUGUCCUCCAGUGCAACAUCUAUUCUGUCUACCCCAUGUACAACCUCAAGAUACGACCCUACUUCAACCGCCUGAUAAGACCCAGGUCCUACCCCAAAGACAUGGAUCCUAUCACCUUGCACAUUAUGUGGUCUGGAGAGCUAGAGGUGGGCUCCACCAGCUCCAGAUUUAGACCCAUAAUCUUUGUAGCGUUAGUCCAGGCUAGUGACCUCCGGAUGGGCAGUCCUAACACGGAAAAGAGGGCCCCCCCUCUGAAGACCCAGGAGCUUCUCAAGCAGGACUCUCUCCUGUCCUACUCCAGUCUGAAGGACAAGUACAACGUCACCAAGAGUACGUUCUACCGCUGGAGACGGCAGACACAGGAGCACCGCGAGAAAUCAGCUGCCAGGUACGAGGCCAAGCACUUCGUCCAGGCGUGUUAUCUGGAAGGGAAACUUAUGCCACUGCACCAGUUUAAAGAGUUCUUCCCUGAGAUCUCCCGGUCCACCUACUAUGCCUGGAAGCACGAGCUGAUCUCGUCCGGUGGUAGUUUCUCCACGGACGAGGUGAGUCCAGGGGACAGCACGGAGCAAGAGUCCUGGUCCUCCCCAGAGUCCAAGCCCAGGCAGGAGGAGGACAAAGAGGUAGAGCCAGACCCAGAGCACCACGACAGCGUGGCCGGUAUGUUCGGCCUGAACUACAACAAUGAUAAGGUGGACGGGGAACGGGCCCAGAACCUGGCGCUGAUGCAGGAAGCCAAGAAAGUUCUUCAGAACUGCAUCGCUAUGAACACCUCGUUCCCCUUCAGGAUCUUCAAGAGGAGCUUCCCAGGCAUCUCCAGAUCCACUUACUACAACUGGAGAAGGGAAGCCAUGCUGUUCAAUAGAGGCUACAAGGCUAGGAGUAGUGAAGACAACUCUGAUGUGGAUAAGAGUAGUUCCACUGGUGGACUGUCCCCUAUCGGGGGUACUGAGAGACAUGGUCAUGCUGCUGCUGUCUUCCCCAGAAUGAAGAUCUGUAGAAACAACCACAAAAGGUUCAGGUUGGUGUUCCUACACAGGAAGAAGCUGAGAGAAGCAGCCAAGGUGAAGGUGUGGAUGUCAAGAUGGCCGAUGUCCAAGUUCAAAGUGAACUACCCCUCCCUGUCACUCUGUUUCUAUUGGAUGUGGCGCAACGGCCCGAGUCAAAACAGGAAGGAGAAAAGCACCCAUCCGUCUCCGUCUCUAGAGGUGAACAGGCCUGAGAAUAUUAUGGAAAACAACAACGCAGUAACGGAGAAUGUUAACGGCGUGACGGAGAGUGAGAUAAAGACGAGGGGUCUGACUCAGGACGUGACUCAGGACGUGUUGUUCUUAGGGGGGGAUCCAACAGAGGGUCUGAGAGACCCUUCCACAAUGACUUUUGUGACACCCGCGUUCGAUGCUCCCCUCCCUUUACCCAUGUCCCCUUUGCCCCUCCCCAACCCAACCAAGAUGUCUACCACCACCACCACAACAGACGACCAGAUGUUUGUGAUGGAUCUGGUGGCCCUGGCUAACUUCAAGGCCAAGGCCAAACUGUUCCUCCAGAAACGCUUUGAGGAGAAGUCCUUCCCCACCUUCAAAGAGUUCAGGUCCUUCUUCCCCCUGACUCCCCGUUCCACCUACUAUAUGUGGAAGAGAGCCCUGCAUCACGGAGUGCCACUGGUACAUGGCUGAGAGAGAGAGAGAGAGAGGGGGCAUGGCUGAGAGAGAGAGGGCAUACUCUGUUACACUAGAUUUAAGCAGAACGGUGCCCCUGUAACAAACUGAAAUGCUCUCUUGUCUCUUCAGAAUCCUAAACAAUCUCUUCUUCCUCCUUCACUUCCUCAAACAGAGCCAUCAGUAUCAUCUCACCCUCUUUAAAAAAUGUUGAUUUUUCUUCAACUGAACACACUAUUUGUUUGGGUAGAGCACGUGGGUGAAGCCUAAUGCAUUGGAAUUGUAGCUAAAUGCAUCUUUAAUCUUGAUUUGUCCUUCUCUCCUUGUCUGUUCCCCUCCUCCCUCCAUUCCUUUACCUAUCACCUUCAGCUCAUGGACAUUUGCAUGUGUGUGAAAAGACACUGAUCCACUAAUGUUCCGCUGGCCUCCAGGCAAAAGGCAGUUGAAAGUCACCAUGAUGGUCACAGUGGGGCUUUAUUUAAAUGGCUCUUUGUUUGAGACUGGUUGUUUCUGCUUCUCUUGUCUCUCUAGUCUUGGUUUUAAUCCCAUCUCUCUCUUAUAAUGAUGGGUUUUAUAAUCCCAUCGCUCUCAUUUUGGUGGGUUUUAAUCCCACCUCUCUCAUUAUGGUGGGUUUUAAUCCCACCUCUCUCAUUAUGGUGGGUUUUAAUCCCAUCUCUCAUUAUGGUGGGUUUUAAUCCCAUCUCUCUCAUUAUGGUGGGUUUUAUAAUCCCAUCUCUCUCAUUAUGGUGGGUUUUAUAAUCCCAUCUCUCUCAUUAUGAUGGGUUUUCAUCUCUCAGUAAUGUUGGUUUUUAAUUUCUCUCUCAGUAAUGUGUUCAACACCACUUUAUUUCCAUGUUCUCAUUUUAAGUUAGUUAAUUGUUCUCAAGGUGUGCUGUUUUUUGUUAAUCCAUUUGAUGUCUAUCUGUUCUAGAAGAUUCAUAGUGGUUGACCUUUUUUACUAGAUUUAGUUUAAGAUGUGAUGCGUUGAAAGAAGUCUUGAGUUAUCGGGAAACGUUUCAGGAAUCAAGGUUCUCCUUUAUUGUUUACCUCCCUUUUUUGUUUUCUAAGCGUGUUCUGCAAACACAGAGUUUUGAUUCCACCCACACAAAAAAAAUGACAAUUGAAGUGUUCAUCCACUGCCUUGUUCAAGGGGCAGAAUGACAGAUUUCUACCUAGUCCAAUGCUUUAACCACUAGGCUACCUGCCACCCCAAUGCUAUUUACAGUAUGAGAGGGUUCAUUGGUUUUCCAGCAUAUGUUACAGGGUUCAAGACAUUUUUGUUUUAUUUUCAUUGAUUUGUUUACUAAUGAAGGCUUACAACAGUUCUGGACUCACUACCAGAACAUGUACUUAGAAUGUACUAAUUGGCCUCAUUAAGUAUAUAUUUCUGUUAUGAAUCUCUAUUUUCUUGCUGUACCAUGCUUUUUAUUUUUUAACUACCAAUAUUUUUAUCUGGUAACUAUACUGUGAAGUAUCUUCUUGACAUGUGAAGUCUUAAACUGUGGUAUGUUUAGUUUUGAUCAAUUCUGUUUUUGUCUUUUACCUUUUAUUUUUUUUAAAUAUCUUUUUUUGUUUUUUUGUUCUCAAAACAAUUUUUUCUGAGUAUUGACAUUUUAGACACUGGUGUAUAACUGCCAUCAAACUUAACCAAACAUUUUUAUAUUUCAAUUUCUGCAUAUUUAUUUGUUUUGUCUGUUGGAGUGUACAACAACCAUAUUCUUCUCACUCAACAAAGUGAAAAUAUUGUUUUCUCCAUUUUUAUUUUUUUAAAUGUUCUUUUGUUGCUACAAGGCAGAAUAUCAAUAAACCACCAACUCAAACUCUG